CUGUGCGUCUUAUAGAGCGAAAAAUACGGUACUUCUAGAAUUCAGUGGGCCUUAGGGAAAGUGUAAGUUCCAUAAAGAAAUAAAAUUCUUGGAGAGAGAGGUUGUUGUUGUUAUGCUUCUGUACGGCUCCCAUAGUGCACAGGGGACUCUGGACAGUUUACAUUUCCAACAAUAAGAACAGAUAUACAUUUCCAAAAACGAUUUACAGUAAAUUCCAAAUACAUUUCCAAAAUAAACAUACAACAAUAAAAACAGAACAAUAAUAAAAUACUACCAUAAAAUCAUACAUUAAAAAUACUAAGGAACCCAAAGAAAUAACUACAAAAUCUAAUAAAUUAAUCCCAGAUACAGCAGUCCACCUUAGUCUACUGAGCUGCCCCAAGCGGGCUUCAACAAGCCCCAGGAAGAAGAAGGGACCCGCACUGCGAGGGGCCGCAAGGGGACGAGGUGACGGUAGGCUGCGGUGGAAGAGAGAAAUCUGGAAAGAAGAAAUGCCAGUGACUAACGCUCCUGCUUUUCCUUCCUACACCAUGGCUCACUCUGCUCACAAGCUGCUCCUGCUAGAAGAAGAGGGAUGGGUAAUUCUGACUGAUUCCUCUCCCUCUUCCUGCACUGCCCUGUGCCGAAGGGUUUGGAAGCAACUCCAUUACAGUGUUGAGAAUGUGCAAAAAUCAUUCCACAUUCACCUUCCUCUAGCAACAGUUUCCACUAGAUGUUUGUCCAUUCUGGAUCCAACCUCAUAGCAUGGAAAGUGAGACUAGAAGAUCUUACCACUAUUAUUUCUCCUUGCCACCAUACAAUAGAAGUUGGAUAUUCCAUUUAUUUAUUUUCAAAUCUUUGGAGUUAUUUGUUGAUAAAUCAAUCAGACCCUUUCAGGCUGACUGGCCUAAUGCAGAAUACUUCACAUCUUCCAACUUGCUUCAGCUGUUACAUUCAAUGAGAAAAAUACCUAAUUUAAAGCUUCCAUGAAGCUCAGCUACUGCCUGUUGACUCUGAUUCUCAACACUAGUGUUUUCGCACUAGAAAAUGUGGCCUCCAACCUGACAACUACAUCUGAGUCAAAGUCCCCACCUCUCAAUGCAUCACUUAUUCCCAUCUUACAAGCCUUGACAAAAUCUGCGGCGCCUCAGGAUAUCAUAGAGAAAGAGGGGAACUGCGUUUUCAUUGAAUGUAUGCUGAAUGUUAGCCAGCAUGACACCAUCCUUUGGUACAACUCAAAAGGGCACCUGCUGGAGCAAGACAGAGGAGGUGGAAGAUGGCUGAUCUCAGACCGUGUCCUUAAUAUCACAAGUGUAACUUUUGGUGACCGGGGGCGAUACACUUGUGUUGCCACUAAUGAAAAUGGCACUUCUUAUUACUCAGUCACACUCAGAGUUGUCUCCACAUCUGGGGACAUGGGCAUUUACUACAUGAUUGUCUGCCUCGUUGCCUUUACUAUCAUCCUGAUCUUAAACAUAACCCGUCUCUGCAUGAUGAGCAGCCACCUCCGCAAAACAGAAAAAGCCAUCAAUGAGUUCUUCAGGACAGAAGGGGCUGAGAAAUUGCAGAAGGCUUUUGAAAUAGCCAAGCGUAUUCCUAUCAUCACCUCUGCCAAAACCUUAGAGCUGGCCAAAGUCACUCAAUUUAAGACUAUGGAAUUUGCUCGGUAUAUUGAAGAGCUUGCCAGAAGUAUCCCUCUUCCACCACUCAUCCUUAACUGUAGGGCCUUUAUGGAAGAGAUCUUUGAAGCAGUGCAUGUUGAUGACCCAGAUGAAGUUGGAGUCAAACAGACCCAGGCCUUAGGUGCUCAAGAGGGGCAUUACCCCUUAAACCCAGAAAUCAAGCGCAGUGAUUCACCAGCAGGGGAUUCAGAUGAUGGUUCUGUGAAUGACCAAGGCAAAGAAAUAGCUGUCGAGGUAUCUGUCCAUCUUCAGUCAGAAGCACAAAGCAUUGAUAGUGUUUCCCAUGAGAGUGUCCCCUCCAUACCUUCUGAAGAUGAUGCAUGUCCUGAAUCCAAAUAGAACAGCAAAGGCAGAUGUAUGAAAGUUGCAUCAGAUGUCAUGGAAGCUUCAAGAGAAAGAGAAAAGCAUAAGUGCAGCCACUGUCACAAAUGCACAAAACCCUGUGGUGGUUAUUUAAACUCCUCUAGAGACAAUAAGGUGCCCUGAGUGUUGGCAAAAAAUAAUGUGGAUUUUUGUUCUGUAAUGUAGCUCAAUGUGCACAAAUUGAUUUGGAAAUCAGCUUAGAAGCUGUUGUAAACUUCUCAGUAGACAUUUUAUUAUACAUACUAUUGGAUGUAUUUUACAAAUAGGAUACCUUGAGUUGUUGGUGAUCUCCAGUUAAAGCUAAAAGAAUCAUUAACAUGCAUAGCUUUGUCACAUCUAUAGGGAAGCACAAAUUCCUGAGGGUACCCGGUGAUGAUUUCAUGAUGUGUGAUGUCAUCAUUCAUCAGUCAUGAAAAGAGUUUGCCAUAUCUAAAUUUGUACAAUAAAUGGUAUAAUAAAUACUAUAAUAAGAGCAUCAAAUUACUAGUUUUCAGACUAUGUCAUUAAGUUACCAGAGAUGUCAGUUUUGUAUAUGUUACACUCAAAUGCAGUACUUUAAUAAGAAAAUGAAAACCCAAAUACAAGUUUUGGCAUCUUGAAUCUUAAGUUACACUCAAGAACUGGCCAUUGAAAUUUGCUGUCAAAUGCCAAGUACAUUCUUUCUUGUUCUUUGAAUAAGACUCAAGAUGUCAGCAUUAUUCAUAUCCUCUCUCCUCUGGAAUUAUGGCCGAAAGGCCAAAGUAUACUGAUGCCAUCAACCGCUCUGAUGAAGGUAACAACAGCUUCACUAAGACUUAGGAUCUCAAAGUUCCUGUAGUAAACCCAUUAAAAAUAAGAAAGCCCUUGGCUUUUUCAGGCAGUUUGUUCUAAAUAAUAAGAAAAGUAGCAAAAAUCUUAGUUUGUGUCUCUGUCUGUCUGUGUGUAAUGACUAUCUACUGAAGGGUUAGGUGUAGGAUAUUGUAGUCAUGAGCAGAACGUAUUGGAAUGGAGGAGCUACGGUGCAGGAACAGUAGGCUGCUACAUGCAUGUCUGGUUUAUGUCGUGUUACAUGCAUGUUAUGUCUUAAGCAGAAUUCCGUGACUGUGGCAAACAGUAAGAGGUCACUGCAUUGAAUAACUUCUCUCUGAUGUUGAUGUUUGGUUGGUCAUACAAGUGCCCCAGGCAGUACAGUGGAAUGUGCUACUUCAGGUGGGACAUGCUCCAUUUGAAUGCUCAUCAAUUUGCAAAGUCCUUUCUUGCAAAGAAAAGUAAAAGAGGCCCUGCCUUGCCUGUUGUCGGUGAGUCCUUUUUUCUGUUGGCAAUAUCAUCAUCAUCAUCAUCACAAUCUCCUCCUCCAAAAUGAGAUUCCUUUUCUUGCACUCUGAAGUAAUGUGGCCCUCAUUCUGCUACACAUACAGACUAAUCCUUAAGUAGGCGUGUUGCUGGCAUGUGACUACAUUCUGGCUUGUCCUUUCCAGUGCCCAUGAAGCUGAAAAGGUCCUGGGCCAAUUUGUAUUAUGUGGAAUUGAGAAGCAGGAUAAAUAAUUGCAUAACUGAAUAAUGAAUUCAUUCCUAGCUUCCUUCCUUCCUGGAAUGAGUUUAGCUGUCUGUCUAGUUGGCCAUUGAUUUUUUUUUUUUAAUUUGCCCAAAGGUUAGGGAAGUUCAUAGGCCUUUUUUCUUUUUUGGUAGCCCAACUGGACAUUCUCAAGAGUGAUGGGGAAGUAAAAUAGAUUCCUAUUUGAUGGGGUUUUUUUCCUUUUUCACUUUAAAGGUGUUAGUUUAAUUGCAUUUUAUAUUCCAUUUAGAAUAACUGUAGUCCAAAAAUUAGUUUCUUUAAAAUUCUCAAACCUCAUCUCUUGGCAACAAGUGCUCCCCAUUUUAUAUCGCACAACUCUACGUCUGCCAUUUUAUUUCAUGAAACCUUGUUUUAGCUAGCAGUUGCUCAAGGAGAAUAAGCACAAUUUCCAGGAGGAUUUAGUGUUACAUUUAUAGCAGUAGGAGUGGAUGACAUACUGCAGUGAUAUCUUGGAAAUCAGCAGUAAGGCCCAGCUGUGCAUCAGAUAAUUUGAGAAAGUAAUACUCAGCUGAGAGAACUUGACUGGAUUUUUUCAUAAAAAUGUCUAAUGCACAGUAGAAAUGGUGUAACCAUUAACAUGGUAGAUGGAUAUUGUUCUGGAAGAACAGGUGCUACAUCUUAGGAACUGAGUUUCCCUUUCUGAAAAAAAGUUCUUAGGGGGACUGGCACCUGAACCAGGCAUGUUGGCUUUGCUUUAGCUGUUCUGAGGCAUUGCGGCAUCAUUCUUCAGCCGUUUAUGGCCUAAUACUCCAGUCACCCAUUUUCCUGCGCUUCACUGCAGCAUGCUGUGAAACAUGGCUGAAGUUCUAGUUUGGAGUGCGGCUUGCUGCAAACCAGGAUUUGCUGUUCCUGUAAAUGUCUUGCUAGUCCAGAAUGUUUCAAAUGAUAGGCAAGGUCGCUGGUUCAGGAGCUGGCACUUAUCCCAUCAAACAAAUAACAUCUUCAUCAGGUACUUGUGGCCCAGUGGAGAAGGAUCAUGAGAAUUGGAGGCCAAAAUAUCUAGAUGGCAACAAGUUACUCAUUUCUGGCCUGUGUGCUCAUGUCACUCCUGAGUUUUCCACAAUGCUUACUUCACCACUUAUCCCCUUGAUAAAGUAGAAAAUAUGUUCUAAUGCAUAAUAGUGCAUAUUACAUACAUAACCUUAUAUAUGCUAAUAUGGCAGCAUUGACAAUAAGAGAAAAUUUCUUGAAUGGGUUUUGCUGAAUAAAUAUAUUCAGUUAGGAUUUUGCUCUAAGGAUCUAUCCUGGAUCCUUAAAGAAAGCUAAUUAACCAUAUUCUGGUAACAGCCACUGAUUCUGCUAGAUGAAGCAGUUUUGCAGCAAGGCAUUACUAUGUGCCCUCUGCAUUGUGCUGAAUGCUGCAAUCUUGAUUCUGCACACUAAACAUAAAUUGGUAGCCCCAUUGACCUAAUCACUUUAGGGUGCAAUUCUAUGCUUGUUUAGACAACCCCCACCCCCACCCCACAACUCCCGGUAUUCACUAGCUAGCCAUGCUGGCAGUUGUAGGACAUUUUCCUGUCUAAACAUGGAUAGGAUUGUACCUUUAAUAUUGAAUCAUGCACUUUGAUGUUUUGCAUAGGCAGGAGACUGUGCUUAUUAUUUUCCAAACACACAGGCUGUUCUGAUGCUGGCAUUAAGCAGAUUGAAAGUUUUGAAUUUCAUGAAUUUGUGUCCUCUGUUACACUUUACAGCAGUGAAUUCUCCAGGCCAAUUAACAUUGUAAUGCCUCGCAUGAGAACAGUGGUUAUGCAGUGAUUGUGAGUGAAUUUGUAGGCCACAGAUCACAUUACCAAAAUUGUACUUCUAGACAUCUGUGUAUCUGUGGAAAGUGGCACUGUGUGUUUAACGGAGACACAGCCAGCACGUUCAGGUUUAUUUGAUGGUGCUUCCAACCCAUCAGACAUAAAGAGGGGUUUGUGACAUUCCCAUAGAAAAGCAGCUAUGCAGUUUUCAGGUAAUCAGAUAGCACUGGAAAUGUUUAUGAGAUCACCUCAAGACAUCUGCUUUUUCAGUGAUGUGAUGUCAGUGUAUAGAAAAAGGAUCUGUAAAUUUAGGUAUGACUUUCUGAGCUUCUGAAAGACUUUGAGCAGAAAGAUUGCCCAAAAUGAUCCUGAAAAUAAAGACAGUAUCUCUGGAUCCUGAUAAUAUGUUUCCCACCUCACUUCUAGCUGACACUCCAUAGAUUGUUCUGAUGUGAGGAAAUGAGGAACUCCAUUUCUUUUAGAUCCUUCUGUAAAUAGCUUGUAUUUAUGACACAGAAAUAUAUAGGAGCUUGUUUUGUCUCUUCAUUGCAACAAAGACAAAGCUACAAGAUGAAAUGUGUUUUUAAGGAGGCAGCUUUACAAAAAAAUCUUAUUAAAACCAAAUACAUGGUGAAUAUAUUGUGGAGUGUGAAUGGUUUUUGAGCAGACACUUUAACAAAAUGUUGAUGUAUGUAGAGAUUGUAUUUCAGCAAACUAAAAAAUAUAUGUAAGUUUACUCAGAUGACCUACAUUCUUUUAUUACUUGAAAGGGCAAAGAACAGGAGAUCAUCCAUGGAAAUGUCCACAGAUCCACUGGCUAUAAAGUUCUAUCUGUUCACAUUUCUAAUGUCUCUCACCAUGAGAUUGUUGUCUUGUUUCCUUUGCAUCCAAUUUUUGUAGAUAAGAUAAAACUCUACUUUGUAGACUGAAUACCAUCUACAUAUCAAAAUUAUUUGUGUUCUGGAGGUGGCAGUGUCAGUUUUCUGUAAUAGAAUUUUGUACUUUCAUAUGAAAAUGAGAUGGUGCUUUUUCCCAGAAUAAAACCCAUUAUUAAAGGUC